UUCCAGGACCUCAAGAGGGGCAGUUACAACGUCUGCUUCUUCGUUCGCUUUUUCCGGCGGCCCCGGCCGGCCCGGGAGCCCGACGCCACGCCCAACGGCGACCGCUGGGUCGUACGCGUGCCUUUGGCGCCGUGCUUGGCCAUUGAACCUUGGGAGAAGGUCGCGACCGAAGUCGCUACGAUGCAGUUCGUUGCAAGCCACACUACGAUACCCGUGCCCAAGGUCCAUGCAUACAGCACCUCCAGGGAGCCGGGCGCGCACGGAGUCGCCUCCUAUAUGAUCCUAGAAUACGUUCAAGGCAAAACGUUGGACGAGCUCGGGGUAGACUUUAAAAAGGGGACGCCCGAACACCUGCGCGGCAGCAUCAACGCCCAGCUGGCCGACGUAUAUAUCCAGCUAAGCCGCUUAGAAUUCCCCGCCAUCGGCCGGCUGGCUCCCUUGCCUGACGGCUCGGUCCGCGUCGGCAGAGCGCCCUUUUCGAACGCCAUGAACCAGCACCAGCUCGAAGUCGGGGGAAUGCCCGACAUGAUAAAAAAGUGGGGCGGUGCCCCGGCGGGCUUCACGUCUGCAAGCCGCUACGUCUCUUUCCUGCUCGACAGCGCCUGGGAGCUGUUUGAGAGGAGCAGGGCCAACUGCGAGAACGAGGCCGACGCACGCCGCAGGCUUUAUUUCCUCCAUCAGUUCUCCGGUCUCGUCAGGACAAGCUGGAUCCGAAGCGACCUCGACAGCGGCCCUUUCGUGCUUGCACACGGCGAUCUGCAAAGGUGGAACAUGCUGUUCAGCGACGAUUUCAAGCUCCUGGCCGUUAUCGACUGGGAAUGGGCCCAGACGGUGCCCCUCCAGCUUUUCUUGCCGCCCUUGUUCCUCUCGGGCUCGUCCGUCUGGUCCCUUGGCUAUCUUUACGAGCGGUACGCCAACCGGCUGCGCGGGUUUUGCUCCGUGGUUGAAGAGGCGGAAAAGGCCAAGUACGG